AUGAGGAGCGCCACCCUGUGCCUGGUCGUGGCGACACUGCUCCUGGUCACGUCCUCUUCGGCUCGGUUUUCCAGCAACCAGACGCUUCCAGGCCUCAAAGUCACGCUCACACAAGGCGGCCUCGACUACGCGAAGGAAGUGACGCUGCAGCUGGUGCAGAAGCAGUUUCAGACCAUCGAUGUGCCCGACCAGAGUGGAUCCGCACCAGCGUCCAUACUGGGCACGAUCGACUGGAGCCUCACCUCCAUCGUCCUCUCCGGACUCUCCAUUUCGAGUUCGUCGACCAUCGCCAUCCAACCCAGCACUGGCAUCGCCGUUACCAUCAACGGUGCGUCGUUGACGGCCAACAUGAACUUUGGCUACCGCCAGGAAAACUGGCCGCACAUUAACGGGGGCGGCAGCCUCACGAUCGGAAUGUCGGGCACGACGAUCCCCAUCCUCCUCCAGCUGGGCGAGAACAGCGACCGCCAGCUCACCGUCUCCGACCUGUCCACGUCCUGCAGCAUCGGCUCCCUCUCCGUCCAGGAGUCCGGCGGACCCAGCUGGCUCAUCGACUUCGUCUUGAAUGUGCUGAGCGGUAUCAUCAAGAAUGCCGUCCAGAACGCCGUGGGUCCGGCCAUCGCCAACAUCAUCAACAACAAUGUCAAUCAGGCGCUGCACACGCUCCCGAUGCAGCAGGACAUUCUGGGCAUCUUGGAGCUGGACUACUCGUUCGUCGCGCCGCCCACGCUCGGCCAAGGCUACCUCACGGUCAACUCGCGCGCCGAGGUAUUUGUCGACUCAUACGUGCCCAACUCCGCGCUCUACGCCCUCUACACGGGCGGCUAUCUCCAGGCCGAGCUCCAGGACAAGGACAUUCCUUCGUGGGUGCCGAUUAGGUUGAACACGACCUUCUGGACACCGAUCAUUCCGGCGCUGGCGAUGUACCCGGACAUGCUGAUGGUGAUGCAGGCGCAAGCCUCCAGCCCGCCAUCGAUCGCCUUCCAGCCGCUGGGCAUCGACGCCACGGCGCCGGUGCAGUUCACCGUGUCGGCGGUCCCCUACACGAACAACCUCAUCCCGCUCUUUGCCUUUGGGCUCACCGUCACCGCCAACGCCACCGCGAAGGUGGUCGGCACCACCAUCUCUGGAGAUCUGGUUAACCUCAACUGCUCACUCCACCUGUUGUGGUCGAACAUUGGACCCCUCACGAUCGACCUGAGCUGGAUCGCGCCGGUCCUGUGCACCUACCUCAUGAAGCCGCUCGCCAACUAUGGCCUCGAGCAGGGCAUCAAGAUCCCCGUCGUCGACGGCGUGUCCCUGAAUGCGGUCACCCUGAACUCCAGCCAGGGCUUCCUCGCAGUGACCACCAACGUCACCUACACCCCGCCCGUAGCGAGCACUUCAUCUGUGCUCCUCACCAUCUGA